GUGGGUGAUAUUUUAUACUGGUUCCAGCGCAUGACUGGGAAAACGUUUAGACAAGCUUUCAGGCACAAGAAAACUUGUCACAAAAUCUCACCCAACCUUGCAGUGGGUCCAACAAGAGACAUGACCCACUGCCCCCAGAAAAACCCUUGCCUUUUGAGUAUUUCCUUGACCAUCACAGCUACACCAUCACUCCAGUACCCCUGAAAGGCUCUCCGGGCAGCACCCGGGGUGGGGGAGAUCAACUGGUGGAGAAGCAGGGGGCUGAGCCUCUCUGAGCCCAUGAGGGUGACGCUGGGGACAGAGACAGCCACAAACCCCUGCUGCGACAAGGGUGGUGGCAGCGUGGGGGUCAAGGCCCAAGGGACCUGCCGGGGGCGCCAGUGGGGGCCACAGCUCCACCCACUUCAGGGGGCCCCCAGAGCCAGGCCCCGCCCACAGCCCCAAGUCACGCAGCCAGGUGCCAGCACCCUCCCCUCCAGCAGCCUCGCCUUCGCCAGAGGGCGGGGGAAGAAUCCAUCGCGUGGCCGGGUCACGUGACCCGCCCCCUCAGCCCCAGGACUGCUCUCGGGCAUCCCCGCAGCCCGCGGGGAGGGCUGUCCAGCGGACUGCCGGCGCCGCGGUCCGCCGAGGGGCUGGGGACAUGGUCCCUGUGGGAAGGAAAUGGAGAAGAAGAUGCUGAAGACUGGGUAUUUUAUCCUCUUGCUCAGUUGUUUUGCUUUGCAGCUGGAUGCUAACCCUGGGCUCAAAGUAAGAAUCACGCAGAAAGGGCUGGACUAUGGCUGGAAAGUUGGGCUGGAGAACAUAAAACAAGAAAUACAAAAUGAAACCUUCCAAAGCUGGAGUGACCGUGAGAACUUUGGACUUGUUAAAUUUGACUACACUGUUUCAGGGCUCAGAAUGAACACUGUUGAAUUCCCAGAUGCCUCUGUAUCCCUCAUACCUGGAACUGGGAUUAAGCUGGCAAUUGAACACGCUUCUGCAACCUUCCAUGCAAACUGGAGUAUAAAAACUUGGCUAGUCAGAAACCAUGGAGGAGCUACUGUGUCUCUUUCAGGAGUGUUUAUCACAGUGAUCUUCCAAGUGUCAAGGGAUAACAAAGGCCGCCUAUCCAUGCUGUUUCACAACUGCCGGCUAAGCAUUCAUGAUGUUAAAGUCAAGUUGAGUGGAGGAGCCAGCUGGGUCUUUAACCUCUUUGCUGGUUAUCUGAAGAAGCCCAUUCAAGCCUACUUGGAUAAAAAUUUGUGCCCGAAAAUCAAACACAAAAUCCAAAGGAUGGAUGCAGAGCUCAGAACUCUUAAGGUUCUAAGUCAGAUUGAUGCCUUUGCCCAAAUAGACUACUCGCUCAUUAACUCACCAGCAAUCUCCAAAACAUACAUUAACCUGGAUUUGAAGGGUACAGUCUAUCCUGCUGGAAAUCGCACAGAUCCCCCCUUUGUACCAGACCCAUUCACUCUUCCAGACAAGAAUAACUCCAUGCUCUACCUGGGAGUCUCCGAGUAUUUCUUCAAAUCUGCUUCAUUGGCUUAUUACAACGCAGGGGCUUUUAACAUCACCAUCACAAAAGAGUUUUCCACUUAUUUUAUGCCAACUGAGGUAACACCUAACAGUACCAUUCCUGAGGUUCUACAGCUUGUUCAGAAUUAUACAAUGUCACACCCACUGAUGUUGACGCUACAAUCUACUGCAGCACCUAUGAUCAGCUUGCAAACAAGCAGUUUGACUACAGAGAUCACUGGCUACUUAGAGAUGUUUUCUGUCCUGCCAAACUCAAGCCUCCAAUUCAUCUUUGCAGGGAAUCUAACAGUGAAUACCAGUGCCAAUAUGACUAUAUCUAAACAGAAGUUGAUUAUCUCAUUACUUCUCAAGAGAUUUCACUUCUCCCUGACAAGUUCUGGGGUUGACUUUUCUGAGAUCUCACUUUUGGAGAAUUUCCUAUCUUGUGUAUUAUGGAAUGGAGCAAUCCCAGCAAUCAAUGAUAAACUGAGGAAAGGAUUCCCUCUUCCUAAUCAGGCUCAAACUAAGUUCAUUCAACCAGUUCUUGAAUUUAAUCAGGGUUAUUUGCUGAUUUCCACUGAUAUUCACUACACUCUCUAAGGAAGGAGAGAUUGUUUGACUGAUCAGGAUGUUCAAGGCUAACAGCAACCAAUCAAAUGCUGAACAGUGUCCCUAUACUUUAAACCUUCUAGCUGAGUACUGGAGAUGAGUGAAGUCUUCCUCACGCUGCUCUGAUUCAGGAAGAAAGUAGGAAGAACGUAUGGUGCAAAAUUACAAAUGCAGUUCUUGAGUCACCCUUCCGAAUGGUCUAUAUCCAGUAUAAACUUUUUCUGCUUCUUACCUGAUGUAUCUGUUGUUUUUUAAUAUAAGGAGGGGUUUUAACAGUCCUGUCAUGCUUACUAUGAAGAUAGUCCUCUCAGGAUUCUUCUUAGGGGCAUUUCAGGACAUGGGGCAUUUUAAUAUGCUUUCAGUUUUAGGACCAGAGUCUUUAGCCAUGUUGAAACUGGAGGAGAUAUGGUGAGAGUGUGGUAAAAAUAUGUUAUAAUC